AUGUGUGAGCGCAGUCUCUACAGAGCGGGCUAUGUGGGCUCGCUUCUGAAUCUGCAGUCGCCCGACUCCUUCUACUUCUCCAACCUGCGGCCGAAUGGAGGCCAGUUGGCCGCACUUCCCCCCAUCUCAUACCCUCGCGGCGCGCUGCCUUGGGCCACCACGCCCGCCUCCUGCGCCCCAGCGCAGCCUGCCGGUGCCACCGCCUUCGGCGGCUUCUCGCAACCCUACCUGGCUGGCUCGGGGCCUCUUGGGCUGCAGCCCCUUGGCGCCAAGGACCGACCCGAAGAGCAGGCCAAGUUUUACACGCCCGACGUGGCCGCAGCGCCUGAGGAGCGUGGCCGUUCGCGGCCGCCCUUUGCCCCCGAGUCUAGCCUGGUGCCCUCGGCCUCUGGUCUCAAAUCCACCAAGUACGACUACGCGGGUGUCGGCCGUGCCGCGCCAGGCUCUGCGGCCCUGAUUGAGGGGACCCCCUGCGCCGCCGGCUUCAAGGACGACACCAAGGGCCCGCUCAACUUGAACAUGACAGUGCAGGCAGCGGGCGUCGCUUCUUGCCUGCGACCUUCGCUGCCCGACGGCCUGCCGUGGGGGGCGGCCCCCGGGAGGGCCCGCAAGAAGCGGAAACCCUACACGAAGCAGCAGAUUGCGGAGCUGGAGAACGAAUUCCUCCUCAACGAGUUCAUCAACCGGCAGAAACGCAAGGAAUUGUCCAACAGGCUGAACCUCAGCGACCAGCAGGUCAAAAUCUGGUUCCAGAACCGUCGUAUGAAGAAGAAGCGUGUGGUGCUGCGCGAGCAGGCGCUGGCGCUGUAUUAA